AUGGCGGAUAUUGAAAAUAGUCGUCAAGAGCUCACAGCGGAGAGGUCACUGGAAGCUAUUGCUAGUGGACCUUUCGAGAAAACCGCUGAUGUGACAUGUGCCCAGACAGGGUCAAAUUGUGAAGUCAAAGAAAGUGAGAAUGAGAAACUCAGUCGACGAGGUAGUCGUAAUAGCCAUUCCGGAGACCACAACUCGACUGUGAACCCCAAUCUCCCGGAAGAAGAUAUGGACUUCCCAGAAGGAGGAGUUAGAGCAUGGUUGGUAGUAUUUGGUUCAUGGGCUGCCAUGACCAGUACUUUUGGUAUUGUCAACACAUCCGGCUAUCUUCAAGCAUGGCUCAGUGAGCAUCAACUUCAGCAUAUGUCCCAGUCACAGAUAUCGUGGAUCUUUAGUAUAUAUCUGUUUCUGUUCUUUCUUGGCGGAGUGCUUGUAGGACCCAUAUUCGAUAAUUAUGGCCUGAGGCCGAUAUUUAUUCCUGGAUGUAUUGGUAGUGUUGCAUCAUUGUUUAUUCUAAGUGUGUGCAAGGAGUACUACCAGUUUAUUCUAGGAUUCAGUAUUUUAGGAGGAGCAUCAGCAACCCUGGUGUUCACUCCGUCGAUAGCUAUUGUUGGACAUUGGUUCUACAGAAGACGGGCUGGUGCUACGGGUAUAGCAUGUACAGGAGGCGCCUGUGGAGGUAUCAUGUUCCCAUUGCUCAUGAUCAAAUUGAUGCCCAAGAUUGGGUUUGGCUGGACAAUUCGAAUUGUCGGAUUUAUUGCUUUGUUCCUCUUAGUGGUAGCAGUUGCUACCCUCGAGACCCGAGUACCACUGGCUAAAAGUUCAGGUACCAUUAUUGAUAUUAAAUCACUGAAAGACCCGAGAUUUGCAUGUACUACAAUUGGCAUUUUCAUGAUUGAAUGGGCCAUUUUCAUUCCUAUUACCUACUUGACUAGUUACGCUCUGGCAAAGGGAGUGAACCAAACAUUUUCAUACCAGCUACUCGCUAUUCUUAAUGCUGGAUCUAUCUUAGGAAGAGGACUUCCUGGCUACCUGGCAGAUAUAUUCGGAAGAUUCAACGUCAUGAUUAUUACGACAGUUGUUUGUGCAGUCAUGUGUCUAGCAUUAUGGCUUCCAGCAGGAAGCAGUGUGACGGUUAUGAUAGCAUUUGCAGUUAUGUUUGGAUUCUGGAGUGGAACUGGCAUUUGUCUGACACCCGUGUGUGUAUCACAAGUGUGUAAAACCGAGGACUACGGCAAGAGGUAUGGCACGUGCUAUUUCUUUGCGAGUUUCGCAGUUCUCACAGGACUUCCUAUUGCCGGAGCCAUUCAAAACGCCCAGAACGGCAGUUACCAGGGACUGAUUUUGUUUGCAUCUCUAACUUAUUUAUGCGGAACCUGUUUCUUCGUCCUUGCGCGAAUUAUCGGGGGAGGCUGGAAACUCACCGCUAUCUACUAA